AUGGCCUCCUCAGCGUCCUCCGCCGAGCUGCCACCAGGGGAGUCGGCCACCGCCGGGACCACCACCGAGACCCCCCUCAAACCCCUAAAACACCCCCUCUACCGGUCCGUCCCCUUCCAAAUCGCCGUCGCCUGCGGCGUCUCCUUCACGGCCCCGGGCAUGUGGGACGCGCUCGGGGGCCUGGGCGCCGGCGGAGCCGCGGAACCGUACGCCGUCUCCGCCGCCAACGCCCUGGUCUACGGGCUCUUCUCCGUCGUCUGCGUCGCCGCGGGCGCCAUCAACAACCGCAUCGGGCUGCGCUACGGGCUGGCGCUCGGCGCGAUCGGGUACCCCCUGUACGGCGCGGGCCUGUACACGAACAACGUGAGCGCGACGACGUGGUUCAUGCUGCUGGGCAGCGCGCUCUGCGGCGUGUCGGCGGGCUUCUUCUGGGCCGCCGAGGCCGCCAUCAUCAUCGGCUACCCGAGCCCCCGGGACCGCGCCUUCUACCUCGCGAUCUGGCAGACCGCCAAGGCCGCGGGGCCGAUCGUCGGCGGCGCGAUCAACCUGGGCCUCAACGCGCAGCGGUCGGCGGCGGGGUCCGUCGGGUCGGCGACGUACAUCGUGUUCAUCGCGAUCAUGUGCCUGGGCCUGCCGAUCGCGCUGUGCCUGAGCCCCGCGGGCAAGGUGUGGCGGCGGGACGGGACGCGGGUGGUCGUGCGGAAGGAGGCGACGUGGAAGGCGGAGUUUCUGGCCGUGGGGAGGCUGCUGCGCUCGCGCCGCGUGCUGCUGCUGCUCCCGGCCUUCUUCAUCAGCUACUUCUACAACGGCUUCGUCAGCACGUGGCUCACGACGUACUUCACCGUGCGCGCGCGCGCCUUCUCGUCCUUCUUCACCAACUUCGCCGGCGUCUUCAGCUCGUUCCUCGCCGCCGCGCUGCUCGACCGGCAGGCGAUCCGCCUCCGCACGCGCGCGCGCGUCGCCUUCGUGUCCAUCGUCAGCGUCUUGAUAGGCACCUGGAUCUGGGCGUCGGUGCUGCAGAAGCGGUUCUACGACGCCGACGAGAAGCCCGUGUUCGACUGGUUCGAGGGCGGCUUCGGGAGCGCGUACGCGCUGGUCUUCUUCUGGACGUUUGCCGGGCAGGCGUUCCAGCAGUUCCUGUACUGGAUUGUCGGGCAGUACGCGACGGAUCUGUCGUCGCUGUCGCACCACACGGGGAUUCUGAGGGGCGUGGAGGCGCUGGGGCAGACGGUUGCUUGGGCCAUGCAAUCAGAGGGCAACGCCAACCACUUCGUCAGCAUCGGGCUUAAUUUCGGCAUCACGGUGCUCUGCAUCCCGUUCACGUGGAUUGUGCUCUCCGAGCUCGACCAUAGUCACGAGGUCGAGGUCACCGAGACACAGGUGGCAGUGGAAGAUGCGAGCAGCAAGCAGCACAGUGAUGCGGCUUAA